CCCUCCAUAUCAUGUGAUUCAGGUGUUCCAAUCCCCUCCAAAUCAUGUGAUUCAGGUUUUCCAAUCCCCUUCAUAUCAUGUGAUUCAGGUGCUCCGAUCCCCUCCAUAUCGUGUGAUUCAGGUGUUCCAAUCCCCUCCCAAUCAUGUGAUUCAGGUGUUCCAAUCCCCUCCCAAUCAUGUGAUUCAGGUGUUCCAAUCCCCUCCAAAUCAUCUGAUUCAGGUGUUCCAAUCCCCUCCCAAUCAUGUGAUUCAGGUGUUCCAAUCCCCUCCAAUCAUGUGAUUCAGGUGUUCCAAUCCCCUCCAUAUCAUGUGAUUCAGGUGUUCCAAUCCCCUCCAUAUCAUGUGAUUCAGGUGUUCCGAUCCCCUCCAAAUCGUGUGAUUCAGGUGUUCCGAUCCCCUCCCAAUCAUGUGAUUCAGGUGUUCCGAUCCCCUCCCAAUCAUGUGAUUCAGGUGUUCCAAUCCCCUCCAUAUCAUGUGAUUCAGGUGUUCCAAUCCCCUCCCAUAUCAUGUGAUUCAGGUGUUCCAAUCCCCUCCAUAUCAUGUGAUUCAGGUGCUCCAAUCCCCUCCAUAUCA